GUCAUUGUGUUAAAAACUCUUGAGUAAUGAACUAUUUUUCUGCACAAUUUGGUGAAAGCCCAAAAGGCUUCAGAAAUCCUUGGUUUCCACAUCAUUAGGCGUUAGCUUUCUGGUUCUGUUGCUCGUUGAUACUUGUAUCGGUUGGCUCUGGUCUGGAGAGCGGCACGCAGCCUGGGAGACCGUGCCGCCAGUCAAGCGCUGUUUAGGGCUUAAACGCCCCACGAACAUUGCUUACAGGAAGAGGGUGCAGUGGAUGAGCAGCUGGACGCUGGUUAACGUUAGACCUAAAAACAGGGAGGGCAAUAUUGAUGCAUUCUAAAUUAUGGAGUUAAGACGGACAAACCCAGCGUGCAAUUGUGUUUUACUAUGUGGAAUAACCUUAUGUCUUAUUUUCGGUAUAAAUCUAACAUUCGCUAUAGAGUUGUACGCCCCGGCGGAAGUGCUGGUUGAGAAUGGCACCACGGGGAUCCUCAAGUGUUCCUUCAAGUCCAGGGAAGUGAUCAGCAGUGCAGCCACAGUCAUCUGGUCGUUUUCCCCGGCGGGAUCCGAUGCCGGAAGCGCUGUUUCCAUUUUCUAUUACACUUCUGCAAACCACUACCCAGGGAGUGUGGCUCAAUUCAAAGACAGGGUGAAAUGGGCGGGAGACCUGAACAAAAAAGAUGCCUCAGUCCAUUUAAUUGAGGCGCAGUUCAACGACAAUGGCACCUACUCAUGUGCCGUGAUUAACCCGCCUGACAUAUCUGGCACCGCCGCUCAGACACAGCUCAAGGUCGUCAUCAAAGAGUCUCUCCCUCAAGACAACACGGCCGUCGUAGUGGCAGCCGUGUGUGGCGCCGUCAUCGGGCUUAUCCUCAUCUCUGUGGUUACCUGCCUGAUCAUCAAGAGGCAUCAAACCACCCAUGAAUACGAAGGCUGCACGUCAGUGGAGAGUGUGAGCUCCAACGCCACACGCCCGGGGGGGAAGAAACCAGAGUCCAGCUUGGAGGGCUCCAGGUGUAGCAGCCACUCCACCCCGGUCCAGGUAGGAGCUACAGGACCGGUGAUAUACGCCCAGUUGGAUCACACAGGCACCAAGAACCCCAACUCAUUCCACAAGAUGGAGCCAGUGGUCUACGCUGACAUAAGGAAAAACUGAAGAGAACUGGAGACUAAAAUGGACAGGCCACCAUAGCUCGCUGCUUUGGGAUGGGUGGGUGGGGGAUGUUUAAAUACAAGGUUAGAAUUUAUGCUGUUUUGAGAGAUUGUUUUUUUUGUCAUUAAUUUGUCCUUUUGUCUGCUGAAAGCAUUCAUUGCAUGUUCAUGUGUGUGGUAAAACCGUUACGCUACCAAGGAUUUCAAUACAAUAAUACAACACAGAGAUUAGAGAAACACUGCCUUCAGAAAGUAUUCAUACCCCUUGAUGUCCUCCACAUUUUAUUCUGUUACAGCCUGAAUUCUAAAUGGAUAUGUUUUUUUUGUUUUACCCAGCUACCCACAAUACCACAUGACAGUGAAAACAUGUUUUUGUUAGCAAAUUUAUUGAAAAUGAAAUACAGAAAUAGUACAUUUACAUAUGUUUUCACACCCCUCUGUCAAUACAUGUUAGCAUGAUGUACCUUUGGCAGUUUUCACAGCUGUGAGUCGUUCUGGGUAAGCCUCUAAGAGCUUUACACACCUGAAUUGUAUAGUAUUUGCACAUGUAUUAUUUAAAAAUUCUUCAAUUUCUGUCAAGUUGGUUGUUGGUCUAGCAAUUUCUAAGCCAUUUCUAAGUUUUACCAUAGAUUUCCAAGCCCAUUUAAUUCCAAACUGUAACUAGGCCAAUCAGGAAUAUUCAAUGUCGUCUUGGUAAGCAACUCCAGUGUAUAUUUGGCCUUGUGUUUUUAGGUUGUUGUCCUACUGAAACGUGAAUUUGACUCCUAGUGUCUGUUGGAAAGCAGACUGAACCAGGAUUUCCUCUAGGAUUUGUGCCUGUGCUUGGCUCUAUUCUGUUUAUUCCCCACCCUCUCACAAAAACUCCCUAGUCCUUACCAAUAACAAGCAUGUUACCUGUAACACGAUGCAGCCACCACCAUGCGUGUUACUCAGUGAUGUGUUGUCGGAUUUGCCCCAAACAUAUCUCUUUGUAUUCAGGACAUAAAGUUAAUUUCUUUGCCACAUGUUUUGAAGUUUUACUUUAGUGCUUUAUUGCAAACAAAAUGCAUGUUUUUGAAUAUUUUUUUAUUCUGUACAGGCUUCCUUCUUUUUCACUCUGUCACUUAGGUUAGUAUUGUGGACUAACUACAAUGUUGUUGAUCCAUCCUCAGUUUUCUCCUAUCACAACCCUCCGGCAACAGAGUUAGGAAGGACACCUGUAUAUUUGUAGUGACCAAUGGUUCUUUUCAAGUCAUUGAAAAACCUCCCUGAUCUUUGUGGUUGAAACUGUGUUUGAAAUUCACUGCUUGACUAAGGACCCUCAGUCAAUUGUAUGUGUGGGGUACUGAGCUGAGGUAGACAUUCAAAAAUCAUGUUAAACACUAUUCUUGCACACACUAAGUCCAUGCAACUUAUUAUGUGUCUUGUUAAGCACAUUUUACACCUGAACUUAUUUAGGCUUGCCACAACAAAGGGGUUGAGUAAACUCAUUGUAAAAAUUUAUGACAACAUAAUUCCACUUUGACAUUGUGUAGGCCAAUGACACAAAAUCUCAAUAUAAUAUUUUUUUAAAUUCAGGCUGUGAAUACUUUCUGAAGGCACUGUGCAUUAACUGCAUGCGUAGGAAGCAUAAAAUACAUAGGCUUUGGUUGUUAUUUUGUUUUACAAUCCAGGGACCAUGAUAACAUGUUAACCAUCAGCUCAGUCCAACACAUUGGAUGUUAAAUUAAUGGUUUAGAUAUAGGAUAACUGAAAUGCAUUGGUGUUUUGUCUGCAAUCAUGUUGCCUUAACAAAAUUGUUACCUUGUAACAUAUUUAGAUUAACUCCAUAUCACGCCGGUACACAGCCAUGGAAAGCCUCAUGGUGAAAUUACUUUGGUGUAUUGUCCUAUAGGUUGGCACAUUGCAUUGAUAUAUCCAUGACUAAAACCCUACCUGCCACUGGCUUAGAAACUGAACUGUUAAAUGGAAACAUGGACAAUGACCAAUUUUUUUGGGACAUUGCUUUCAUUGAAUAGAUAUUAUACACUGUUUACAUGUAAUUUAUUAACUAAGCACAACUAAUUAUGACAAAAACCCUGUUUUGACAUCUGUUUUAGAUUUCGUGAUCAUGUGAGACUGAUAUCAUGGGCCAAAUAUCUUCCAUUAACAACUCUACUUUCAUGUGUCACUGUGCUUUAAAUAUAUUCAAAGUUCACAUAAGUCUUAUGUUAUGUUACAAAGCCAAAUGUUUCUAUUCCAAUGAGUCUAUCAUGUUUGACUGAAGAGAUGCAUUAGUAGUCCAUUUAAAGAGCAACUGAACGUAAUAAGCAACUUUUCCUUUUGAGAAGAGGCUAUGUGGCGUCUAUGAGUCAAACAUUUAUUUUAGUGUCAGAAUUGACUACAAAGUGUAAAUAGGAUAAUUUGGGUCAAAGUCAGUCUCUUACAAAACAGAUUUGUGAGAUAAUUAGGAAAAAAUUGUGUCAUGGAAUGAAGGGUACCAUAAACUCAACCCCAGGAUAACUGUUAUUGCAAACCUGUCCACAGCUGGAAGCGCCCAAGUAAUCAUUAAUUUGGAGCGCAGCUGCACGCAACCUGAUAUAAUGUCCAUGUUGAAUUUGGUUUGACAUUAGAUAUCCUUAUGAGGGUAGUUGGGGACCAUCAGUGAAUUACACAAUGUACAUGGGACAAUAUUUUUUAAAUGCAAAUAGCUCCAAAUGUCAAUGACUUGACCUCAAACCAAGUGUAAAUUGUUGAAAUCCAUGUACAAAUAUUCACAGCAAUUAAUGAGACAAUUAAAAGGUGUGCAACAAGAAAUGUUGGUUCCAUUUAUAGUGUAAUUUAUUGACAGUCCCUAACUAGCCCCACAGAUGGGCUAUCCAAAGUCAAACCAAUUUUGCCAAGGUCUCACACCAGCUAGCUGAAGCUAAUUGGCAAAUUAAGUUGACCAGCUUGCUAGCUAGGCUAGGCUACUUCCAGACACAAUACCUGGUUACACUGUUUCAAGUUAUCUAGAAAGGUGAGUGACUGUAACUGUGUACUGUUCCGGCAGAGUGAAAGUGCAAACUCUUCCCAUGUUCGAAACACACCCCCAAAACCCAAAUCUCGUUUUCAGUCGCAUUUCCUAAUGAGGAGAAUUGAAACCAAGUCUAAAUCAGGACAUUCAACCCCUCUUAAUGUUUUCCUUGAUUUCUAAAUGCAGUUGUCUUACCCCGACCAACAUUUAUGUAUAUGGAUAGUUUAAUGUACGUAAAAUAUAGUGCUCCUUACUGUAAUCCAUUCCUUUCUGCUCAAUGGUAGUAUCUCUGGGUGUUUUAACAAAAUAAUCAAUUAUGUGUUUCAGAAACACAAUUUUAAAUUGGAAAUCUUUUUUUAUUUUUUAUGAAAUGCUCUGUCUUGAUGCUGAGCCCUCCACUGUCAUGUCUUAAAAAUCCGUCUUCAGUGUUUUUAACUAUGUUUUCGCUGUUGACAAAAUGGUUUUGAUCACCGUAAGAGUGCUCGAGGAAGCGUAAUUUCUUUAUUCCAAAACUGCCUUAUCCACUAGUCCUGCAAAAUAUAGCAAAAGUAAUUGACAAUUUACAUUCCAAAAAAAUACAUCAAAUACUGUAGCUUAUCUUGUGCUUAUGCAGUAUUAGUGCGUGUGUGUGUGGUAAUAGUUAAGGUAGUAUUGUCCUUGAUUAUGCAUUAUGGAAAAGCGUUUUGUUUACAGUACACUCAGAUUCUCAAAAAAUGACGGUGUCAAAGUUUGGAUAAGUACAGUUUACAAAACCCAUUCCACUGUUACGUGUCUUAAGUGUGAAGUCGUACUUUUAGCUGUUAAGUAGCAAUAUAGUGUGUGUCAUUUGGUGCUUGUUUAUAUAAUAUUGUAUGUUGCAAAACCUGCACUAUAUCCCGCAUAUCAAAGACCACAAGCACUAUAUGAUUUUAUUUUUCUUCUUCUGUUCGAUGUCUUAACUGGAAUGUAGUACAUCUAGUGCCUUUUGUAUUUCAUCUACCAUCUUGAACACCUGCUCUCGCUCUUUAAUUUUUUUCUAAUUUAUUUACUUCCUUUAUUGUAUGUAUGUUUUUAUACAUAUAGAAAAACAUAAUCCUCUGUAUCUGAUGUUCAAAUGUUAUAUAAAAGCCAUUUCCUGAU